AUGGAGGGAACGGGGAAGGAGAAGAAUGGGGAAGAAAAGCUGAAGAAGGGCAAGGGUGGCGGGAUUCUGACAAACAGGCUUUUCUCAGAGCUCUGCAUCUCGGAGCUCACUGCCAAGGUCAUCAGAGAGAUGAACUACACCCACCUCACCAAGAUUCAAGCUAGAUCAAUACCGCAUCUGAUGGAAGGAAGUGAUGUGAUGGGUUCAGCAAAGACUGGUUCAGGGAAGACCCUUGCUUUCCUUAUACCAGCGAUUGAAUUGCUCCACAGAUCGCACUUCUUGCCGAGGAACGGAACUGGAGUUGUUGUGGUUUGCCCAACAAGGGAGCUUGCCAUUCAGACACACAAUGUUGCCAAGGAAUUAAUGAAGUAUCACUCGCAAACUCUUGGAUAUGUAAUUGGUGGCACUAACAUGAGAAGUGAGGCCAACCAGCCCGCAGAAGGGAUCAAUGUCUUAGUUGCCACACUGGGCAGGCUUCUGGACCAUCUGCGAAGUACCAGUAGUUUCAAAUACAAAGAGCUAAAGGAUAGACAAACUGUUCUUUUUUCUGCUACACAGACUCAAAAGGUUCAAGAUUUUGCGAAUUUUACAUUUGGGAAAAAUGAAGAAAGACAACGUAAACUUGUUUAUGUUGGAGUUGAUGAUUCUGAAUUAAAGCCUACAGUUGAGGGCUUGCAGCAGGGCUACUGUGUCAUUCCAAGCGAGAAAAGGUUUCUUGUUUUGUACACUUUCCUAAGAUUGAAACAGAAGGUGAAGAUCAUGGUGUUCUUUUCAUCAUGUAGCUCAGUCAAAUUCCAUGCAGAACUUCUUAAUUUCCUCGGGAUAGAGUGUUACGAGAUCCAUGGGCAACUGAAGCAGCAGAAACGAACUAGUACGUUCUUCCGAUUCCUGAAGGAAGAAAAGGGCAUCUUAUUAUGCACUAACGUGGCAGCACGUGGGCUUGAUAUUCCUGAUGUGGACUAUAUUCUGCAAUAUGAUCCUCCAGAUGACCCAAAGGAUUACAUUCACAGAGUUGGUCGUACUGCCCGAGGUGAUAAAGGCAAAGGAAGUGCAUUACUGUUCUUACUACCGGAAGAAUUAAAGCUGCUCAUUCACCUGCAGGCAGCCAAAAUUUCUCUGACUGAAUAUGUGUUCAGUGAAAAGCAUGUCCCAAAAUCGCUAUCACAACUUUCUGCGAAGGAAGCCUACAGGUCCUACCUUUUGGCAUACAACUCACACUCUAUGAAAAAUAUUUUUGAUAUCCAUCAGCUUGAUCUCAAGAAAGUAGCAGCAUCAUUCUGUUUUAAGGAGCCUCCUAAAGUGAAUCUGAACCUGGAGAGCAGUGCAUCAAAACAUCGAAAGAUGAGGAAAGGGUACAGUGGACAGAGGCAUGGAAUUGGCCCUUCAAACCCCUAUUGGUAUUCUAAAAGGACAUGGAUAUGA